GUUUCCUUGAGGCGGGAGCACUUCCCGGAGCCCCGGGGAAGGAUCGGAGCAGAGGAGCCCCACCCCGAGCCGGAGGAGCAGGAACCUCUUUCUGGAGCCGUGAGAGACAAAGGGAAGAAUCAUGUCCUCGAUUGCAGCUUUCUAUGGUGGCAAGUCCAUUCUCAUCACCGGGGCCACAGGCUUCCUGGGGAAAGUCUUGAUGGAAAAGCUAUUUCGCACCAGCCCGGACCUGAAAGUCAUUUAUAUCCUUGUGAGGCCCAAGGCCGGCCAGACACUGCAGCAGAGGGUGGUCCAGAUCUUAAAUAGUAAGCUGUUUGAAAAAGUCAAAGAGGUCUGUCCCAACGUGCAGGAGAAGAUCAGAGCGGUUUACGCGGACCUCAACCAGAACGACCUGGCCAUCAGCAACGGGGACAUGCAGGAGCUGCUCUCCUGCACCAACAUCGUCUUCCACUGUGCCGCCACCGUGCGCUUCGAUGACCACCUGAGACAUGCCGUGCAGCUCAACGUUACUGCCACCCAGAAGCUCCUGCUCAUGGCCAGUCAGAUGCCAAAGCUCGAAGCCUUCAUACAUAUCUCUACUGCCUUUUCCAACUGUAACCUGAAGCACAUUGAUGAAGUCAUAUAUCCAUGUCCUGUGGAGCCAAAAAAAAUCAUCGACUCUAUGGAGUGGUUAGAUGAUGCUAUUAUUGACGAGAUCACGCCCAAGCUGAUUGGGGAUCAGCCCAAUACGUACACCUACACCAAGGCCUUGGGAGAGAUGGUGGUGCACCAGGAGGGCGGCAACCUAAACAUUGCCAUCGUGAGGCCCUCCAUCGUGGGAGCAACCUGGCAGGAGCCUUUCCCAGGUUGGGUUGAUAACGUAAAUGGACCUAGUGGGCUCAUUAUUGCGACAGGGAAAGGGUUUCUCCGGGCCCUCAGAGCUACUCCAAUGGCUGUGGCAGAUGUGAUUCCUGUUGAUACAGUCGUCAAUCUCACCUUGGCUGUGGGAUGGUACACAGCAGUUCACAGACCUAAGUCAACGUUAAUCUACCACUGUACUUCUGGUAACUUGAAUCCCUGUUACUGGGGCAAAAUGGGAUUCCAAGUCUUGGCAACCUUUGAAAAAAUUCCAUUUGAGAGAGCUUUUAGGAGGCCAUAUGCUGACCUUACAACCAACACCAUCAUAACCCAGUACUGGAAUGCCGUCAACCACUGGGCCCCUGCCAUCAUCUACGACUUCUAUCUACGACUCACAGGAAGGAAGCCCAGGAUGACAAAGCUCAUGAACCGGCUUUUAAGAACUGUUUCCAUGCUGGAGUAUUUCGUCAACCGGAGCUGGGAAUGGAGCACAAGUAACACAGAAAUGCUGAUGUCAAAGCUGAGUCCUGAAGACCAGAGAGUAUUCAACUUUGAUGUACGCCAGUUGAACUGGUUGGAAUACAUUGAAAAUUACGUUUUAGGAGUCAAGAAGUACUUAUUGAAAGAGGAUAUGGCUGGGGUCCCAGAAGCAAAGCAACACUUAAAAAGGCUCCGAAAUAUUCACUACCUCUUUAAUACUGCCCUCUUCCUCAUCGCCUGGCGCCUUCUUAUGGCAAGAUCUCAGAUGGCUCGGAACGUCUGGUUCUUCAUCGUGAGCUUCUGUUAUAAGUUUCUCUCCUACUUUAGGGCGCCCAGCACGCUCAAGGUCUAAGAACAGUUGGCAGUCUUCAUUUAUCUGGUACCUCUCAGAUACCUCUAUAACAGCAAACUGUGGUCCUCAAGACUACGAAGUGGCAGACUAUGCCCAACCUCAUCACCUGUCAAAUGUCCUGUUAUGUAUUUAGCCCUAUUUCCUAUUUCUCUUUUUUUUUUUUUUUUUUUUAUGUGAGAGAAGGAAAGUCAUAGCCAAGCAUAUUUUAGGAAAAAAUAAUUUCCAGGUUGCUUCCUAACACUCUAUGUCCUUGAAUAUAAAACACCAAAGUACAACCCUCUUUCCAUAUUUAGCGUUCUUCUCAUUGAGAGGACUAACUGCAACUCAAUAAACACAGAACACCCAGAAGUGAAAAUAUGCUCAAGAAAGGCAGUUCUAGCCUUGAGGCUAGUCUGGGGUACCCAGUAUAAAGGUUUAAAAUCAAUCUAAGUGGAAGAAUGGUUUCAACAUCCUCACAGAUGCUGUAACCUUCUACUUUAAGCUUAUUUUACUCAGGCCUCAAUAGGAGUGAUGAAAUGGGGAGGAAGCUCCUAGGCUGGAAUCAUAUAAAAACCCAGUCUCUUGAUCUUUGCAUUGAGGAAAAACGAAACUUUAAACACAAAUUUAAAUGCUAGUCUCAGUCUUUUUCUAUAAAGUGGGGAAGAUUACUCUAGUGAGCACCAGAUCAUUAGAGUGUCUAGUGUCUCGAUCAUUCCAAUUGCACAUUGCUAAUUGUACAAUGUACAGCAGAAAAGGACAGACUUCAUUAAGUGACUACAUUUAGAGAAUAGGUGUUUUGUUUAAAAAUAUUUUAUGUAUAAUAAAAAUGAAUUACUAAAAACUAUUUAUUCCUAAAUUUCUAUAUAACUAUUACCCUAACUUUCAUCUGAUUUGAGAAAUCAGUGCAUACUGAUUGCAGUUAUCUCAUGCUAAAAACAUGGGUUAUUAUUCAAGUUUAAUAAUUGGGGCCCAAUUAAAAAUAAUCACAACUACUAGAUAAUUACAUGAACAUAGAAUGUUAACAUGUUUAUGCUUACUAGCUGUAAUAAUUGGUACUCAAAAUGGCACAUUGAAGUAACUGAGGGAAGCUUCUAGGAUUAUUUGAGAUUUUUCUGAACCCAUAAAAGGCAUUUUGGGGUAACUCUUCUGGACAAUAUCCACCCCAAUCUCAUCUAAGUUCUGGGAAUUACUUUCCAGGGCACACAACCCAGCUCUGAAAAAAAAACAGCUGGUGAUCUUUAGCUUAAGAUGCCUACACAAUAUUUUUGAGUUACACUGAUAACUACAGAUACAGUAAAAAUGAAAUAUAUAUAAUUCAAUGAGACUGGAUAAAACAUAAUAGUUCUAAGAAUUUACUAUCUUUUGAUUGUUUUACUAAUUCAAUAAAUUCCACUG